AUGGUCAAGCAACAGCCGACCCCUCUCGACGGUAUUGCGACGGCCAACUAUUUCCAGGCUCUCCAGUCGAUGUCGGUCACGUUUGAAUCGAAGAAUGUGACGGCGGACAAGACGUACGGGGUCCGGUACCAUGUGGCUCCGGUUGAUGUGAAGCGUCCAGACUCGAUGAAGACCUCGACUGAAUCAGCCUUCUUCGUCGAGAAGCACCAUACGAAGAUCAAGAAGGCCUUCAAGGCGACCCCUAUCAUGGCAGUAACGGAAGCAAUGCUCGAUGAUGAGAAUACGGCGCUUUUUAGCGUCCUUCCGGAUCGUCUCGCGGAGGCGGACACGAAGGUGGAUGGUGUGUGCAAGCUCUUUGAAAACGCAACGAACAUUGACCAUACCACGAAGAAAGCCAUCGAGUGUCCGCUUGCCUUCAAUAGCACUAUGGCUCUCAAGAUGGCCGGGGAUGGUCACGAGAUCGCCGAGCUGGCUCAGAUGCACGUACAACCGCGUUUUCAGUGCUACGUGCCCCGGAGAUGA